AUGAUAUUACGAGCUGCAAGACUUUCAGUGGCUUUCUUUUUAUUCUUAAGGUUUUUCAUCGACCACUACUGUAAGUUUUUAAACAAUGUAAUUCUAUAAUUCAAAGCCCCCCCCCCCAACCAUCCAAAAAAAUUUGAGUAAAUAAUAUAUGAGUUUAAAAUGCAUCUCCUUUUAAGUAUUAAAAUCCAUAAAAUUAAAAUUAAAUGUAGUACAUGGGCAUUAGUUUUUAAACAAUGUAAUUAUAAAAUUCCAAACCCCCCCCCCCCAACCAUCCAAAAAAAUUUGAGUAAAUAAUAUAUGAGUUUAAAAUGCAUCUCCUUUUAAGUAUUAAAAUCCAUAAAAUUAAAAUUAAAUGUAGUACAUGGGCAUAAUCUAAACAUUUAUGUAAAUCACCUGUUUGGCAAUAAAAUAAACUGAACAACAUAAAGAGGGACUUGUACAAUUAAUAAAGUAAUUUAAAAACGUUUUUGAAAUUUUAAAUUUUAUUAAAUAAAAUAAAAAGAAGAGACUUUUCUUGGAAAUAAUCUUAAUACUAAAGACACAAUCAAAAGACAUCAUAUAAUAAUAAUAUAAAAAAAAAACUAAUUAUAACUAAAAUAUGGUGUGCGUGUUUUUCUUUAAUAUAUGUAAUUUUAACUAUGUUUAACUAUGUUCUCUUUGUGACUUCUAGUGGUGAUGUGUGAGGUACUGUCUUGUAGUCCAGCUGAAAUUGGAAGUGACCAUGAAGUUAAAUUUAAUGUUACAAAUAAGUGCUCAAGUGGCGUCCCAAGACUCGAGUCAUAUGAAGGUGUUUUAACGAAAUGUCCGAAUUACACAAUUAGAGAAGACGUAAAGGAAAGGUAUAAUGUUACUCUAUCAAAAGAAAAUAGUCAUUAUAACAUCCUGACACUGUUGAUUUACAACAUCUCAAUGCCUACAUCAGGACAAGUCGUGUAUUUUAAUCUUAAUGAAGACAACACAUCAAAAAAUGGAAACUGUACUAUUUCAGUUUAUCGUAAGUAUAGAAGUGCUAUGUUAUCGUCUUAAGUGGUUAUUCGUCUAUCGCGAGAGGUAGGUUCCAGAAACCAUCUCGAAAUUCGAAAAUCUGCGAAGUAGUGACCUUAUAUUUAACCUAUUAUUUGAACAUAUUUUAAUGCUUACUUAUUAUUAAGGUAACGGAUAUAUUGUUCAAAAUUUUACGUUUUAAUGUAAAAACAUCAACAUUCUACGUGUGUAGGUUUCUAUUUAUUUUUAUAGUACUUUUAUUAUAUUUUUAAAAUAUUUAUUUUGUUUCAUUUUAGAAAAAGCAGACGAUUUGAAUUGUACUUUUAAUAUAACCAAUGAGGGACUUAAAGUGGAUUGUUUGAGUUCUGAGAUAUACCCAGGUGGUCCGUGUGCAUUUGACAGCAAUUUAAAAAAUGCAAGUAUAAUAAUGUAUGCACUUAUAUAUUCCCCCUUGCACUAGAAGAAAAUUACAACUUGCAAGCGAUGAUCCUAGACUAAAUAUAUCGUGCAACUCUGAAUUUAUAAAUCGGUGUUUUAGACUUCGUGUUUUCAAUGUGUGUUUUACUUUUAAUUGAUAAAAGGUAUUUAAAAGGGUCUUGAUCCCUUACUUACCAUUUUUUUUUAAAAUAUACUUUUUAAACACAUAAUGUCAGUUAUUUCUGUUUACAUAUUCUAUCAUUUAACUAUUUCAGGGUACAUUCAUAAAGGAAGAUACCAAUCUUAAUUCGUCAAGCAAGAGUCCAUACGUCACUAAGAAGUGCACACUUGAAGUCGCAGUAGCGAACUUGACAUGCGGGUUACUGACAGUUAACGUAACAGUUUACCCUAUUGUAACAGGUCAUGUAGAUGACAAGUACAAGUACGGAACACAAUCAAAUGUUUUAAAACUAGGUUUGUUAGCAAGAAAAGACCACUAAUAUGUUACAUUAAAAUUUGAAAAAAUUUAAACUGUCAUUACGAUUAUUUUGUAAUUGUUAGUUAUGCCUCAAGAAACUCGUUAACCAUAUGUGUAUAAACUCAUAUCUUACUUGCAUAGUCCCCAUCUUAUUUACACAGAGAGACCAUCAGUGAAACUAGACAACUGUAAGCCAGUUGUAAAAGAAGGAGAUAAUGUAACUUGUCGUUGUGAACGAACUGACUCAAGUGACAUUGAUAGUUCCAUUUAUUGGUAUGAUAACAGUACACAUUUCAAUGUCAGUGACGGAUCUGUCUCAUUUAUUGCAAACAGAAGUAUUGAAGGUAAUUUAUCUAGUGAGAUUAUAAAUAUAUAACGAUAGUUAUGAAUGUCCCAUAAUAUGUUUUCACUUUUAAAUAUGUUUUAGGAUUUAUUUUACUCUAUAGAACUGUGGUCGGUAAAUCGCGACUCGACCAGAAAUCGGUUUUGGCAUCAUUUGAAAAACAUCACUCUUGAACAGAAAUUAGGCUCUCAAAAAAACUGAAUUGGCCUAAGACUGAUUGUUGUCUCGUUUGACUCAUGAGUUCGCCGACCACUGAUUUAGAAGAACAAAACGUAAAAAAGGGCAGAAAUAAGUUUACUAAAUAGACGGCAGCAAAGCUUGAUAGAUUUACAAUACUCAAAUGUAAUUAUAAUAUCAAUUCUAAUAUAAUAACUACAAAAUACUAAACGUAGAAAAGAGAGCACAAACAUAUCACCCGUAUCACAUGACUAUUAAUACACACAAUAGAAUUGGUGGAAGUGGUAAUCCACUAAAUGAAUAGGAACCACUCCUCACACUUACAAUAUCCGUCUCUGAUCUACUCUGUACCUGAGACAAAUCUUAUUCUACUCCAAAUUAACUCGAGAGUUACUAGUUUAAACUUACAAUGUGUGUCACAUUUUGUGUCCCCUAUUUUACACGUCCAAUUGCACUCAACUACCCUCAGCCUCAUUCUGAGUUUCCGCUCCACCCAUCUCCCACUCCACCUUUAAGACCUGUUCAAUUUCAUUACACUUAAAAAAAAUAGCUCAAUCCCUCCUCAUAAGAAUGCACAACCGCAGUUUUUGAUAUAGGAAAAAUUAAUAAUUUAAAAAAUAAACCAAAUAAUUUAAGGCAUCAUUAAAUGUUCUUAACGUGGAGUCUUUGAUACUUCGUAGCAUAAAGAAAUAAACGAAAACCUUGGAAAUAACAUGUGUUUCUAAUUUGCUAGUUAUAAGACAUUCAACAUUUAAUAUAAAAUGUGAUUGAAUUCUAACACUGUGCAGGUACGGAGUUUAAAAGUGAAAAAGCAAAAAAAAAAAAAUUACUGAGUUUUUAAUAGGGUCAGAGGCGUAGCGAGGGGAGGGCAGGGGGGCAGAUGUCCCCGGGCGCUAGCUAGUUAGGGGCGCCAAAACGUGCUUUGAUAUUAUAUUAUUGAUGAAAAUAAUGGGUUUGAGAGUUGAAAAAAAAGAAAAAGGGGCGCUAUAAAAUAGAUCGUGUCCCCGGGCGCGAAACUUGUCCCCGGGCGCCAAACACCCUCGCUACGCCUCUGAAUAGGGUAGAUGUAGAAACAGCAGGUUUUAGAAGUCUGGAACAUUGCAUGGCAGAUUUUCAUUGUUACGUUUUAUAGAACAUUAUUUUUGUACAUUCCAUUUUUCUUUUGAUUAUUGUUUUUUUUUUAAAAAGCAACAAUGGCUGAUGGAUGAAUGUGAAUAUUUGCGGAAUUUUUUUUUUUUUUUUUUUUUUUUUUUUUUUUUUUUUUUUUUUUGUAUUGUUUAAUAAGGGAAAGUUGAAAUACAUGACCGCUGGUGAAAAUACUUGGGGCUAAAAAGGUGUGGGUAAUGAUUUUAUAAUGUGUCAAUCUAUUAAAUAAAAGGCUAACAAUUUCAAUAUGUUCAAUGAGAUAUAAAAUACUUCGCGGAUGCUGACUUUCAAGAAACUUAUCAAUGAAACAGAGCAGGUUGUUUUGGUUUAUGUAUGUGAUGUGUGUGUGUGUGUGUUUGGAGGGAGGGGCUGGGGCUGUGUAUUAAAAUUAUAUUCGUUUAAAAAUAUUACAAUAAUAAAUUUGAUUUAUAUUCAAGAAAAAUAUUAUUGCCAGUCGGCGAACAUGUUUGGAUGGAAGAGUGACCCUUUAUGGUAUCGACCCAAAAUAUCUUGUAAGUAAAAAUUAACAAGGUCUUGUUAUUACGUUAUAACUUUUUAAAAAUUAUUUAUUUGAAUAAAGCUUUUUAAUGUUAAAUUCCCACUUAACAUUUCAUCAAAAUCGUUCAUGAACUUUAUGCUAUAGUAUUAAAAACAUAUUAUUAUAUAUAAAGUUCUUAAUUUUGCUAUAACCUUUACAGAAAGAUUUCAUUUUAUUCAAUCUGUUUGCAUAUUCAACAUGAUAUUUCAAUAGAAAAUAUUUUAUAAGACAGUAAAUAACAUUUGAAAAUAAUUGCUAUUAGUUAUAUAAACAAUUGAUAAUUUUCUGGUAUCCUUAAUUCGUUAAAUAAUAAAAUUAUAACAUUCAGUAUAUUCUAUUUUCACAGUUCCUCAAAAAAUUACAAACUUCUCUGUAAAUAAUAUAAAACUUGAGCGAUGGGCGAACAUAAGUUUCUACUGCGAAGUAGAAGAAGCAGAUAAUCAGUCAGUUGAAUUCACUAAAGAAGGGAAACUAUUAGAGUCGUCCAAUAGUAAGACAAUAACGUGGAAUAUAACUUCUGCAAGGUGUAAUGAUACUGGCGUGUAUAGGUGCAGCGUUAGUAGAUAUGGAGAAGGGACCUAUGCCGAAUUAAACGUUACUGUUUGUGAAAGUGAAAUUUCUUACAAAGGUGCGUCACAUAAGUAGGCCUAUUUUGGCGUGAAAUUUAAAUUUUUAAAAAAACAACAUUUUACCCUUAGAAUAGUACCAUUUGCGAAUUCGAUAUAAUUGUCAUUUAUGUUUAAUUUCCCUUUUUCAUUUAUGAAAAAAAAAAAAAAAAAGAAAAUUUUGCAUCACUUACAAAACCAAGCAAAAUUCAUUAUUUUUAGGAUAUUUUUGUAGUUUCUAAAAUAUGGUGUAUUUAUUGGAAAUUUAUAAUUGUCCACUUGCGUAUGACUAAUUGUACAUGAAAAAUAAUACAGAUACAUUUUUAAGAUUAAAAAAAAUAAUUUAAAAUGGUUACAAGGUCCAGAAUAAGACUUCAUUGUCAACAUCCAAACAAUAAAUCACGUAGAUCAAGUAUACCUCUGUUCGGAUUGAGUUACCCAUAGAUUUCAGGCAAAAUCGAUACAUUUCUAUUUAACAUGAGACAACUGUCAUUAUCAAACUCUCAGAAGAAGGUGCUAUUCAGUUACGUUUUAAGAAAGAAUACAAUACCUUUUUUUAUAAAGCAAUGCACACAAAAAAAAAAAAAUGAAAAUUUGCAACAACUUUUAUAUUUUGUUAGUUAUAUAAUUAUUUUUUACAUUUAAAAUUAGUAUAAGACUACCUAUAGCCCGCCCAGCGAUUGCGACCGCAACAGGGGAACUUUCCCAUCUAUUAAAGCUACUUACCAUUCAUUCAAGUAACGCGGAUUUCAAGAUUACAAAUAUGUGCUGCACCCCGACUUCUACUCAACCAACACUAAACUAUAGGAAUAUUUGAACGCCCCGUCCGCUUUUACAACGCAGACUUAUUACAAUUAUUAUUUCCGAAAAAUAAUAAUAAUUACGCAGCAAAUUAUUUGCGCUUUAAAAAAAAAAAAAAAAAAAAAAAUUAAGCCCUUUUUUUUUUUUUUUUUUUUUUUUUUUUUUAUUAUUAUUUCCGAAAAAUAAUAAUAAUUAAGCAGCAAAUUAUUUGCGCUUUAAAAAAAAAAAAAAAAAAAACAUUUAGCGCCUUUGUCUUUGUCGAAUUGUUUAUUUUGUUCAAUCACAGCCAUCUGGUAGCGUUAGUGACAUUGUUACAUAUGUUGUUGAAGUGUUUGAUGUUGCUAGUAAAAAAAAUAAAAAUAAAUAAAUAAACAGGCAUUUCUCAUUUUAGUUUUAUCCUUACUGCUUUUAAACUUAGAUGAAUCACCAGAUGGUAGUAAUUCACUCGUGACUUGGAUUGCGAUAGGGGCGGGUAGCCUGGUAGGAACGCUGAUUAUUCAUACAGUUUUAUUUACAG